AUGUCAUGUCUCCCCAUUGGGUACUAUGGAAAAAGUGUUCUUGCAUUUAUUGGUGAUCAUAUUUGGAAAAAAACUAUUAAAAUAGAUAAGAGCACUCUUACUAGAGAACGAGGCAAGUAUGCACAACUACGUAUACAAGUAGAUCUAACUAAGCCUUUACUUGCGAUGUUUUCCAUCAAAGGGAAGCAUUACAAGGUAGAGUAUGAGGGUUUCCAUCUCUUGUGUCUCACUUGUGGAAGGUUCAGGCGUCAUGUUAAAGUUUGUGGGGAGAAAAAGGAAGUGACUAUGAUGGAAGAGGGGUUGAACGAAUCAAUCAUUAUAGGAGAUUCUAAUAAGAGUGAUAAGACUCUGAUGGAUAAUCUAGGGCCUUAUUUGGUUGUUCAGAAGAUCAAAAGGUCAAGGUGA